AUGGCUAGCUUCAAGAACUUCAAUGUUAUCACAAACUCCACCAAGGCACAAGAUUCAACCUUUCUAAACCAAACACUAAGAGGAAACAUUGUCAGGAAAAUCUUCAAGAUUAUUUUCUAUUUCCACUUGCUUCUAAUUUCACUUUUGAUAAUUUCCCUCACAAUCUAUAACCUUAUUAUCUCUACCUCUCAAAACCCUAAUUUUCACCCAAUGAAAUGGUACCCUCCACUCUUAACCUCAACAUUAUGUGCUGGAGUUUUUGGUUUCACAUGGCAAUGGAUAACUCUCAAGAACCCUAAAAUGGCCAUCAAAGCAACAUUUUGGCUUAGCCCUAUUCUCACAUGUGUAAUGGCCAUCAUGCUGGUCUACAUCGAAACUCCGAUAAGUCUCACAUUUGGUGUCAUUGCUUUGAUUUUUUCAUUGAUUCAAUCUCUCUAUGGUUGUUGGAUCAACCCUAGACUUGAAUAUGCCAACAAAAUCUUAUCAACUUCAAUAGUUGAUUUUCCUAUAAAAACCAUGAGAAUAGCCUUUUCAUCAACCCUAAUAGGAAUUUUUUAUUGUCUUUUUCUCAUGUUUGGAAUUGGAGGAGCAAGAGCAAUUGAAAACAAAACAAACUUAACAUCAUUGUUCAUUUUGUUGAUUGUAUUAAGCCUAGGAUGGACUAUGCAAUUUCUCAAGAAUGUGAUUCAUGUAACAAUAUCUAGGGUUAAGUAUAUGAACUUAGGUUGUGGUGAAGAAAUCAUGGACACAAGUGUUGCAUUUCAUGACACAUUGAACCACUUAAUUGGAAGUGUCACAAUAGGUUCAAUUUUGGUUCCAUUUAUCUCAACCUUUAGGGGUUUUGCUAGGUCAAUGAGUCUCAUGGGAGGAGAUAGUGAUGAGUUCAUGUUUUCUUUUGUUAGUUGCUAUAUGGGAAUUGCAUCAAUUCUUGUGAGGUGUGGAAAUAGGUUUGGUUUUGUGCAUGUUGGUGUUUAUAAUAAAGGGUUUGUGCAAAGUUCUUGUGAUGUAUGGGACAUUUUCAAUAGGGUUGGAUUGGUGGAACUUGUAGAUUUGGAUCUUAGUGGAUCAUUUUGUUUCCUUAGUGGUGUGGCAGGGGGUGCAAUUAGUAGUUUGGUGGGUGGGAUUUGGAGUAUUGUGGCGUAUAAGAACUAUGCAACUGAAGUGUCUAUUUAUGGAUUCUUAAUUGGAUACUUUAUGGUUAGAUUGGGAUUGGCAUGGGUACAAGCUUGUGUUUGUGCUUACUAUGUUGCUUAUGCAGAGAAUCCGCAAAGUACUCAUUUUGACUCAACUAUACCAAUGCGUUUGGAGCAGCUUCAUAGAUCUCAAGUUUAG